UGAGACUCUCGCUCGAGGGCACGAGUAUCGCCCCGGAGAUCAUGACUGCCGGACGAAGGGAUCGAUUGUUCAGAUCGUACGUCGUCGUGUGGAUGCUGGUCGUCGGGACCUCCAGGUGCUGGGCCUCCGAGGAAAGUCCCGAGCUGGAGAACGCCGCCGAAGAGAGCACCUCCGAGGACGCCACCGAGGACUAUUGGGCCGGAAGUGGAUCGGGCCCUGAAGAAGAGGACUCGACCAAGAACGACACCAAGGAGGCCCUGGCCCACGAAGCGAGUGAUCACGAUGCGGUGGUGUACGUAGGAGAGGGUGCUGCUUAUGUCCCUGUCCCUUCGUUGAGAAACAGUCCUUUGAACCCGAAUCUGCAAGCUCUGCAGACUCUUCAGGGUCUUCAAAGUUUAGCCGGUGGAGGAGGAACGGGGACCACGGAAGAUGACUGGAGGCGGCAUCCGGAAACCUGGGACAGGGAACACAGAAGAUACAGACCCAACACCACGCGAGUGCAACACAUCGAGGCCGAAUGUCAGGACGACUACAUGAAGAUCAGGAUCGGCUUUAACGGCUCCUUCGCGGGACUCUUGUACUCAGCUGGAUACUCAUAUGACCCCGACUGCAUGUACGUUAACGGUACCGGGCGCGAUUAUUACGAAUUUUACAUCCAGCUGAACCGAUGCGGCACGCUAGGGGAAAACACUCAUCACCAGGACAGCAGGAAGAACCCUACGAAAAACCUCAUGUGGAACACCGUUACCGUGCAGUACAAUCCUCUGAUCGAGGAGGAGUUUGACGAGCACUUCAAAGUCACCUGCGAGUACGGCUACGACUUCUGGAAGACGGUCACCUUUCCGUUUCUCGACGUUGAGGUCGCGACGGGGAAUCCCGUAGUGUUCACCCUGCAACCGCCGGAGUGUUACAUGGAGAUCAGAUAUGGAUAUGGGACAACGGGGACCAGAGUAGCCGGACCAGUUCGAGUGGGCGACCCAUUGACACUGAUAAUCUACAUGCGCAGUAAAUACGACGGUUUCGACAUCGUUGUAAACGACUGCUACGCCCAUAAUGGCGGGAACAAAAGGAUCCAGCUGAUCGACCAAUACGGCUGUCCGGUGGACGAUAAGUUGAUAAGCAGAUUCCGGGGAUCCUGGUCCGAAAGUGGGCUCUUCGAGACCCAGGUCUUCGCGUACAUGAAGACGUUCAGGUUCACCGGUUCCCCGGCUCUUUACAUCGAGUGCGACGUGCGCAUGUGUCACGGAAGAUGUCCUAGCCAACCUUGUCACUGGCGAAACGCAAAAACGGUGUCGAAGAGAUCGGCGGACGGCCAGCUUGGAGGACCGUCGACCCCGGCGACAAAUCUCUCGGAAAAUGUCAACCUCUUCCAGUCUUUGCGAGUCCUCCAGGAAGGAGAGGCCGACACCGAGCCUGCUCUCUUCCAGAAUUCCUCGGCUCGUCGCAGUACAACCGAGAACACCGGGGACAGGGUGUGCCUGAGAUCCACGAUAGUCAGCACCGUGGUGGGGUUAGGCUGCGGACUUUUGUGCAUAAUGGCGGGCACCCUGCUGGCCAUGUGCUCAAGGAUGCGACGAGCAGCUCGCGACAAGCUGCUAUCGGACAGCAUCAGCUACAUGACGCACAAAGGCCGGAUCAACUAG